AUGGCUGCCAUACCCGUUGCCUUCAAGCUCUCUCUUGGAAGUACCUUUGGAGCCGCCUUCAUCGGAACCAUGAUUUCUACGAUGCUAUAUGGGCUAACCACCUUACAAACGUAUAUCUAUUUCUCCCGAUUCCGGAAAGACAACCUCAAUCUCAAAAUUCUCGUUGCCGCCAUAUGGGCACUCGAUACUGUCCAUUCCACUCUGAUGGCAGAUAAACUGAACAACCCGGAGGUUUCCAUUCUCGUCAAUCUCAUGGUCUCAGUCCUGGUGCAAGCUUUCUUCGCCAAGCGUAUCUUCAUCGUGGCUAGUCCGUCGACGAGGUGGUGGAUCGUGUCACCUGUGAUGCUUCUCAUCGCGGCGCAUUUUGGGUUCGGCAUUGUGACGAUCGUCUCCGCGAUACAAAGAAAGGCCCUUGUUCGGUUACGGGAAAUCUUUCACUUUGCAACCCUCCCGUUCGCCGUGGUGACGGUGGCGGCAGAUGUGGCAAUCGCGGGUUCGCUCUGUGUUCUCCUGUACAAUCGUCGAACAGGUUUCCGGAGGUCGAACAAUGUCAUCCAUACUCUCAUUGUAUAUGCCGUGAACCGUUGCUUGCUCACUUCCUUCGCGGCUACGGCUGAGCUGAUAACUCUCGACUUGAAGCCUGAUACUCUCUGGUUCCUUGGCAUCGACUUUGUCAUCGGAAAGCUUUACGCCAACUCUUUCCUUGCCACGCUACUGGCUAGAGAAGGUCUCCGACAGAGGGACACAGGGGACACCGAUGGCUCCAACACGAUCUCCCUACCAUCUUUCCGCCCGCGAACGUUUGACACAUCGGGACAGAACUCGGGCUCGACGCGCACUCCCGUACCCGGAUUACAUGCUCCCGGGGUCCUUGUGAAACCCGACUCGGAGCAGACGCAAGACAUCUACGCUAUACCUGGCGUUAACUCCGACCUCAAGUUUAUGCCGUCGGACACGCAGUACAGCGCAGGGCAUGAUUUGGACGUUUGA